AUGUCGAAAACGGUCGAUAUACCCGAUGAGCUAAAGGCAGCACUCCGCAAGUUUCGAUUUGGUCGGCGCAGCAGUAGCGCAGCUAUGGUCGUCAAGAUCGACAAGAAACAACUCAAGAUGGUCGAGGAUGAGACGUAUGAUAAUAUUAGUAUGGAAGAGCUUGCUGAAGAACUACCCGAGAACGCGCCACGAUAUGUCGUACUGUCAUAUGAAGUCAAAUAUGACGACGGCCGAACGAGCUAUCCUCUCGUAUUGAUUAACUGGUCGCCUAGGGGGAGUGAGACGAGUCUUCUAACCUUGCACGCCAGUGCGCUCAUAGACUUCCAGAAUACUGUGGACGUCCAGAAAGUCGUAGAGAUAAGAGACGGUGCUGAAGGCCUGACACGGGAGGCUAUCGAUGCGAAGCUGAAGUGA